GACGCCUGACGUCCACGUGUCCACUGAUCCUCUGUAUAAAGACGCCGCCGCCUCACGCGUUCUGGAUGAUCCUCAUUCUUGUUCUCUACCGCAGCUUCUUCUUCCUCUUUUCAAUAUUUUCAUUAUCUGUGUUAGGGUUUCUUGAGUUUUUCUUUAAAAUGGAGCAAAGGAAAAAAGUCACUAAGCUCCUCGUUUCUCCGUCCCUCGCAGUUCCCAACGCAGCGGCCUCAGGCAGCCGAAUCUUCCACCAAGAACUCGCCGGAGCUUCAUCCUCUCGGAUCGUCGCCGAGAAAUUCUCGGAUCCGAUCUCGAGGCUUAAAGCUCCGAAACAAGAACUAAUGGAGCAGGACACUAACCUCCUAGUUUCUACUUCUCUCGCCGCUCCCGACGCCUCGGCCGCCUGCAUCCGCAACUUCCGUCUUGAACUCGCCGGAGGCUCAUCUUCUCAGAACGUCUCUGAUCCGGUCUCCGAUCUCGAAGCUCCUAUAUCAGAAUCAAUGGCGUUCAAUGCGGUUCAUAAUCCCUCUUACAAGCUCUGUCCACUUCCGCAUCUGCUCUCUCUGGAGCAUCACGCGCCAGAUCCCUUCGCUGCUCCGCCACUUUCGAUCUCCCCCGGCGAUCUCUUCUCAGUCGUCGAUUCUUCAAACAAACGCUUCCGAUCGUCGCCGGCGCCUCCAGACCCCAACCCUACCCGUUUCAGCGUCCCGAUCUCCGGCUCCCGCUUAACUCGUUCGAACGAGAUCGGGAGGCAGAGGAGGAGCAAGAUGAGCGACCGGGUCACGAUCCUCGAGGGGCUGAUGCCUUGGAAACGUAAGAUGACGAGGGGGCCGAUGCUCGAGGAGGCGCAUACAGUACAUCAGUUCUUGGAAGCUCAGGUCACCGCUCUUCAGACAAUGCGGUUCAGUCGUCGAGGUCAGAUGAUCGUGGCGGUCGAUGAAGUUUCGGGGCGUCUGGAGCUGAACAGGCAGCAGAUGCUGCAGGUGAUGAUGAACUCUUCGAUGGUUCAGGAUUUGAUUUAUAAGAAGGGGUGCUGUGUUUUCUCCGAGGAGCAGGUGGCCCUGCUCCGGCACAAGAUGGCGAUGGCUGGUUCUUCCUCUGCUUCGAACUGAGAUUGACUGGGUCCGGGAUAGGCUGAUUAGGCUUUGGGUUGAGCAAUCGCGUCAUGGAUGUCUCAGCAUUUGUAGAUCUUUUACACUUGAGAAAUCCAAUUUUUGCCCUUUUUUCUUCUUCUUUCUAAUAGCUCUAGAAAAUUUUACUAGAAUUAGUGAAGAACAGAGAAGGUUUGUUAUCUUGAAGGGUUUUUUCCCCCCUUUUUGUUUCUUUGUUUUGUUUUUAUGU